AUGGAGGCCUUCACUUUUGCGGUUUCCGCCCAAGUGGAUUUUCCGAUAUAUGUCAAGAUUGGUUCACUAGAAGGGAAACAGAAGCAGAUCCCACUCUCAGUUCUUCUCAAGCAACCUGAAUUGCGACAUAUCGGCUCUGUGCAGAAUCCCCUGUCCGAUCUAUUCGUGACUGCGCAAUUAUGGUCGGAGUCCAAGCCCCUGGGGGUUCCAUUGCAGACUUCUUACAAAGCCUUCAAGACUGUUAGAGCCUGGAAUGAGUGGCUACAGUUACCGAUCUCCAUCAAAGAUGCCCCUUUGAGAUGUCAACUCGCUAUUACGAUCUGGGACCUGUCGCCGUUUGGUGGGGAAGGAGCGAACGGCCAUUACAUCCCAUUUGGUGGGACGACGAUACGGCUGUUUGACGAUGAUGGCAAAUUAAAAACGGGGAAGCAAAAGUGCAAGGUAUACCGGCACAAGGCCGCAGAUGGGUUCUCGGCGACGACGACGCCAUCAACUCCAUCGAAAAGGCGAAGGGGCAACAAACCAGAUCCGCUAGGUCCCUCUCCGGAAGAGUUGGAGUUGGAGAGAGUAGAAGUUUUGAUCAAAAAGCAUGAGAUGGAAGAGAUCCCGCAGAUUGACUGGAUGGACCAGCUGGUUUUCCGUCAGCUGGAAAGGCUGAAGCUUAGCGCGGAUAAAGCUGCGAGAAAACGUGCUCUUCUCAUGGAGGCCAACAGGAACCGACGCCUGGAAAGUGAAAAUGAGGAGGACGAUGAAAAGCUUGAAGAUGAGAACUUCACACUCUAUGUUGAGUUUCCACGAUUCGACCAUCCCAUUGUUUGGUCCGAUCAUGAAUAUCCGCCGCCCCCAAUCUCAUCAUACCCUCAGAAUGCGCCUGGAAAUGCUACUGGCACCUUGAAAAGCCUUCCGGAGGUCCGUUUCGGGCCGGGAAUUGAAGGGGCCGAUGGCGAGGAGGUCAUCAGAAUUUAUGACCCUGAGGUUGGCCAGACAGGCAAUCCUUGCGAAGACAAACAUCGAAGGCUUAUUCGUAGCCAUCGCACCGGCAUCAUGGACCGCGACCUUAAGCCUAACCCUAAGAUACGUGACGACCUCAACAUAAUCAUGUCUUAUGAACCUACCCAAGACCUUACUGCCGAGGAGAAGGAUCUUGUAUGGCGGUUUAGAUAUUAUUUAACCCGAGAAAAAAAAGCUCUGACCAAGUUUGUCAAAUCAGUCAACUGGCGAGAUGUCGGUGAAGCGCACCAAGCUGUCGAAAUUUUACCAAAAUGGACGGAAAUUGAUGUCGAUGAUGCUCUAGAGCUCCUUGGUCCAACCUUUGACAAUGCUGCUGUUCGUUCCUAUGCUGUCGAGCGGCUUCGUAAGGCAGAUGACGAUGAGCUACUUUUGUAUCUACUCCAACUCGUGCAAGCGCUCAAGUACGAGGACAAAGCACAUGAAGACGCGGAUAUAGCUGCUCACGACUCCUCCCUGGCCAACUUUCUCAUCACUCGCGCGGCUAACAAUUUUAAAUUAGGCAGCUAUUUACACUGGUACCUCAUGGUUGAGUGCGAUGAUGCCGGUCCAGGGACACUAUCCUCUCACCGUAGGCUGUUCGCCCGGGUGGAAUACUACUUCAUGGCAGAGUUGGAACGGAUGCACCCCGAACACAGAAAAACCUUGCUGCGCCAAGGUGAACUUGUCGCCGUGCUCUCGAAAAUAAGCAAGGAUAUCCGUUUCGCCCGGGAGAACCGUCCUAUCAAAAUCGAAAAACUGAAAAAGUACCUCAAAGAUCCAAAGAACGAUCUUCUACAGUUUGACCCCCCGCUGCCCCUCCCUUUGGACCCAGAUGUCAUGGUUACAGGCUGCUUCCCGGAGGAAUCCAAUGUAUUCAAAUCAUCAUUGUCCCCUCUGCUCAUCACCUUCAAGACCACUGAAGGUAGAAAGUAUCCGAUCUUAUUCAAAGUCGGCGACGAUCUUCGCCAAGAUCAGCUCGUCAUUCAGAUUAUCAUCCUAAUGGACCGCCUCCUUCAGAAGGAAAACUUAGACCUAAAACUCACACCAUACCGCAUCCUAGCUACCAACGCCACAGCAGGUGCAAUGCAGUUUAUCCCGUCAACCUCUCUAUCCGCCGUCUCCGCCAAAUACAAAACAGUGCUUGCCUACCUCAAAGCCAAUAAUCCAGAUGAAAACGAGCCACUCGGCGUCCGCAAGGAGACUAUGGAUACCUACAUCAAAUCCUGCGCCGGCUACUGCGUGAUUACAUACCUCCUCGGCGUCGGUGACAGGCAUCUCGAGAAUCUUCUCCUUGCACCAGACGGACACUUCUUCCACGCAGAUUUUGGCUUCAUUCUUGGCCGUGACCCCAAGCCAUUUGCGCCUAUGAUGAAACUCUGCAAGGAGAUGGUUGAGGGAAUGGGCGGGACUUCUUCCCCGCUUUACCUCCAGUUCAAGCAGUAUUGCUUUACAGCAUAUACGACGCUACGCAAGUCAGCAAACCUCAUCCUCAAUUUGUUCAGCUUGAUGGUAGACGCCAAUAUCCCAGACAUCCGUGUAGAGCCUGAUAAGGCCGUGCUGAAAGUGAAAGAGAGGUUCCAUCUUGAAAUGACUGAAGAGGAAGCUAUCCGUCACUUUGAGCAGCUUAUUGGGGACAGCGCGAACGCCAUCUUUGGUGUGGUUAUUGACCGCCUUCAUGAUUUUGUCCAGGGAUGGAGAGCGUAA